AUGCCAGAAUCUACAACACUGGUGUAUGCCUUUAUGGGCAUGUUCGGACUCAAGAUGUUUAUUGAUUAUAUCAAUCGUUCUGUAUCCCGUGGUCCAUACCCUCCUGGUCCACCUCCCAAGCCACUGGUGGGAAAUGCAUUUGACUUCCCUAAAACAUGGCCCGCCGAUGGCUAUAUUGAAUGGGGCAAGAAAUACAAUAGUACCUUGGUAUCUGCAGAGGCUCUGGGAAACCGUAUUGUUGUCGUCAACAAGAGAGAAGAUGCCAUUGAGUUAUUCGAAAGAAGGGCUAAAUUCUACUCUGAUAGACCCUAUAUCCCAAUCUUGAAUCGGUUUUCAAUAUCCCUUACGAUGGAAAUGAUGUAUGGGAUCGAAAUAAAAUCGACUGAUGAGCCUUGCAUAUCUCUAGCGGACAAGGCUAUGAAGCUUGGGAUGGACUUGCUUAUGCCAGGCCGUAGCCUAGCUAAUAUUUUCCCUAUUCUUCGGCAUGUUCCAGGUUGGUUUCCCGGUGCCACUUCAUUAAAAAAGGCGGACCUGGUUGGCCGUAUGACAGAGGAGGUGAUCAGGAUUCCAGUGGAUCAAAAUUCCUGUGAGCAGGAAGAAGGGAAGGUCACACCGUCAUUUUUUACAAACUUCAUUGAGAAAAAGCAAACACUCGGCGCUUCAGAGGAAGAGGAAGAAAUGGUACACAAUAUUGCGUACACUGUCUUUGGCGUUAACCCUGAUGUACAAAGGAAGGCGCAGGAAGAGAUCGACGGUCUGACAGGCUCCAAACGGCUUCCUACGCUGGAGGAUCGGCAGUCACUACCAUUCGUUGAGGCCAUAUAUCGUGAAGUCAUGAGAAUGAGCCCUCCAUUGCCUGUCGGUAUAGCGCAUCGCGUCACCAAGGAUGAUUACUACAAGGGAUAUUUGAUUCCGGAAGGAGCGAGUGUAUUUGCAAAUAUCUGGGCAAUGACGCAUGAUGAAGAAGACUAUCCUGAACCAUAUACUUUCAAACCAGAAAGAUUUUUCGAUGAAAACGGAAAGUUGAAUGACGAUGACCGUGUUUUAGCAUUUGGGUUCGGCCGUCGGAUUUGCGUUGGCAAACACAUCGCGAGCUCAACUUUAUGGCUUAUGAUGGUCUCGGUUCUUGCUUGUUUCAACAUCGUUAAAGCCAAAGACGCAAAUGGGAAUGAAAUUGAUAUCAACAAUGAGAUUGAAGAUUUGGGUCUAAUACAGUACGUAUUUGUCAACAAAUAUGAUCCUGACUAUGACGACUUACCUCUGUCAUCACCGGCUCAGACAGAAGGCCAAGUUUGA